CUGAAGAGGACAGUUGUGAAAAUGAGCUUCUCGUGGUUCUUUUGGCCGAUACGCCGCCGCCGGUUUUCGGACCGCUCGGACCAGGCAGAGCCUGAGGAUCAAACCCAGAUUAAUGAACAUAAGAAAGAAAAGAAGAAGUGGAGCAAGAAAAUAUGGAAGAAUAUUUUUAGGAAGAAGAGUAAGAAGGAUGAUGAAGAAAACCUGCAGGAGGGAGCUGGAGAAGACAAGGUUCUCCAGAAGCCUGAGGAAGAUGGUACUGGUGUGGAGUCAGCCAAUGCUGAGAACAUUUCUGCUGGAACUGUGAAAAACUGGAUGCUGGGUGAGCCUGAGAUGAUGAUUAACCAGCAUCACAGAGAGAACAAGAUGCUUCAUGGAGUGGAUGCUGAAGCCAAGGCUGAAGUGAUGAACGUGCAGACUGAGGACAUCACCCAGGAUGCUGAAAAUAAAAUAAUCAUCAAAGCUGAGAAUGGAGAGAAUGUCGUGAGCUGCCGCCGGUUUUCGGACCAGGCAGAGCCUGAGGAUCAAACCCAGAUUGAUGAACGUAAGAAAGAAAAGAAGAAGUGGAGCAAGAAAAUAUGGAAGAAUAUUUUUAGGAAGAAGAGUAAGAAGGAUGGUGAAGGAAACCUGCAGGAGGGAGCUGGAGAAGACAAGGUUCCACAGAAGCCUGAGGAAGAUGGUACUGGUGUGGAACCAGCCAAUGCUGAGAACAUUUCUGCUGGAACUAUAGAAAACUGGAUGCUGGAUGAGCCUGAGAUGAUGAUUAACCAGCAUCAGAGAAAGAACAAGAUGCUGGAUGCUGAUGUGGAUGCUGAAGCCGAGGCUGAAGCUCCUACAAAAGUGAUGAACGUGCAGACUGAGGACAUCACCCAGGAUGCUGAAAAUGAAAUAAUCAUCAAAGCUGAGACUGGAGAGAACGUCGUGAGCCGUCGCCGGUUUUCAGACCAGGCAGAGCCUGAGGAUCAAACCCAGAUUACUGAACGUCAGAAAGAAAAGAAGAGGAGCAAAAAAAAGAGGAAAAAUGAUUAUAGGAAGAAGAGUAAGAAGGAUGGUAAAAGAAACCUGCAGGAGGGAGCUGGAGAAAACAAGGUUCUCCAGAAGCCUGAGGAAGAUGGUACUUGUGUGGAGCCAGCCAAUGCUGAGAACAUUUCUGCUGGAACUAUUAAAGACAUCCAGGAACCAAAGAACUUUUUGCUGGAUGAGACUGAGACGAUUAACCAGCAUCAGAGAAUGAACGAGAUGCUGGAUGCUGAAGUGGAUGCUGAAGCCGAGGCUGAAACUCCUACAAAAGUGAUGAACGUGCAGACUGAGAACAUCACCCAGGAUGCUGAAAAUGAAAUAAUCACCAAAGCUGAGAAUGGAGAGAACGUCGUGAGCCGAGACGAUCCUGGUUCUAACACUGAUGAUGCUUUCAAGAGAAAGAAAAAGACCAGGAGAGGAACUCGAGGACGAGAACGAAAAAUGAACUACAAAAACAACAACAACAACAUAGAUGAGGUGGAAAACGAGAUCCCGGGUGGGACCAACACUGGAGCUGAAGCUGAAGCUCAGACAGAAAUGACGGAGGCUGAGAAAAUCUUCACAAAGCUUCAGAUAAUUGAUGAGGAGCAGUUUGAAGGCCUUAUUAGAGUCAUGAAGAACCUGUUGGAGCAGAAAAUGAUUAGUAGGCAGAUUCUGGAAAAACAGAUUGCUGACAUGGAGUCCAGUAACAAACGCAACAAUGCUGGACUGUUGAUGAAUAGAGACAAUAUCAAGCCUCCUCUGGAUGGAGAGAACGUCAUAAACCGAGACAAUCCUGCUAAUAACACUGAGGAUCCAUGCAAGAAAAAGACCAGGAAAGGAAGACGAGGACGAAAAUGUAACAACAAAAAGAACAACAAAGAAGAUACAAGCACUUCAGCUUUUAAAGAUCAGACCAAUGCCAGUGAAGCUACAGCAACCAUUCAGAUCUCCAAAAAGACCAAACCAAGACCCAGGACGAGACCAAAUGAAGAAAAGAUGAUUUUGAAGAACACCAGUGUUAAAAACUAAUAAAAAACUCUUUCUGCAAUAA